AUUGUGGGAGCGGCGCUAAGAUGGCGGCGGCCGCCGCUGGGCUGAGCUGGAGGCGGGUGUCUUCCUUCACGGGGCCGGUGCCGCGCUCCCGUCACGGGCACCGCGCGGUCGCCAUCCGCGAGCUGGUCAUCAUCUUCGGAGGCGGCAACGAGGGCAUCGCCGACGAGCUGCACGUCUACAACACGGCUACAAAUCAGUGGUUCCUUCCUGCUGUAAGGGGAGAUAUUCCUCCAGGCUGUGCAGCGCAUGGAUUUGUUUGUGAUGGUACCAGAAUACUAGUCUUUGGAGGAAUGGUUGAAUAUGGAAGAUACAGUAAUGAUUUAUAUGAAUUACAGGCAAGUCGAUGGCUCUGGAAGAAAGUAAAACCUCAAGCUCCUUCCACUGGAUCACCGCCUUGUCCUCGACUUGGCCACAGCUUUUCUUUGUAUGGUAACAAGUGCUACUUAUUUGGUGGCCUGGCAAAUGAAAGUGAGGAUUCUAAUAAUAACGUUCCCAGAUAUUUAAAUGAUUUCUACGAACUGGAGCUGCAGCACGGAUCUGGAGUCGUUGGCUGGAGUAUUCCUGUGACAAAAGGGAUCAUGCCAUCUCCCCGAGAAUCACACACGGCCAUUGUGUACUGCAGAAAAGAUUUGGGAGUUCCAAAGAUGUAUAUUUUCGGAGGGAUGUGUGGCUGUCGGCUUAACGAUCUCUGGGAACUUGACAUAGAAACCAUGACCUGGUCAAGACCAGAAACUAAAGGGACAGUACCACUUCCUCGCAGUCUCCAUACGGCCAAUGUAAUAGGAAACAAAAUGUAUGUUUUUGGUGGAUGGGUUCCACAGUCAGCAGGAGGUGAAAUUUCUACUCAUGAUGGUGAAUGGAAAUGUACCGGUUCAUUUGCUUAUCUUAAUUUGGAUACCACAGAAUGGAUAGGCCUGAUCUCAGAUUGCCAGGAAGACAAAAGUAACUUGUUACCAGGGCCAAGAGCAGGACACUGUGCUGUAGCAGUUGGCACUCGUCUGUAUAUCUGGAGUGGCAGAGAUGGUUACAGAAAAGCUUGGAACAAUCAAGUUUGCUGCAAAGAUCUUUGGUACCUCGAUACUGAGAAACCUCCAGCACCCUCACAAGUCCAGCUGAUUAGAGCUACAACCAACUCAUUCCAAGUGAAAUGGGAUGAAGUCCCUACUGUUGAAGGAUAUCUUCUUCAAUUACAUGCUGACUCACCAGUGCCAUCAGCAGCUGGAACACCUGGCACUGGGGUUCCUGAGACGUCAGUGCUGAGUUCACAAGGUGGCUCUUCUCUACAUCAAAGUCCACAAUCAUUGCCUAGUGUCCCUUGCCCAGAAAUGAAGGUGGAUCAUCCCAGCCAAGCAAAUAAUGUCAUUCCUGAUAACGUCCAACUUUCCCUUUCAUCCAACUCACUGUUAAAAAUAGAAGGAAAAGAGAAGGUUGCAGCACCUGAAAACAAGAUAACGCAGGAGACUAUGAAAAACCAUGCAGAUGCAACAGGAUUCAAAGAGUCAAAUGCCCCUUCUCUUUUGCCUGUUUGUACUUCAAGUCCUCAGACUUCAGCAAAUGUAGGUGAAUUACAUGACUUGGAAAAACGAACUGUAAUUCCUGAUGCUUCUGUAUCCAGUACUGUCUCCAGCACACAAACUAUGGUAACCCAGCAGGCUGUUAAAACUGAAUCAUCAAGUACAAAUGGGGCAGUUGUUAAAGAUGAAACUUCACUAACAACAUUCAAUUCAAAAUCUGAAGCUGCUGAAACUGCUUAUUUCAUGCCUUCAACAAAGGUCAAUACUGGACAGGCAAAUGAUUCACAUUCCUCUAGAACUCCACAAAGGCAGAUGGCACCAGUGAAAUCAAGGGAACGACAGUGGUAUGAUGUUGGAAUUUUUAAGAACAGCAGUGCUGUGGUGAGCCAGUUCUACUUGCUGCCAGAGGAAACUCUGAAUGCCUCCAACAAGAUGGAAGAUGCAGAUGUACCAGACUACAGGUUACUUAAGAAGCAGGAUCUUUUUCCGGGCACGGUGUACAGGUUCAGAGUUGCUGCAAUUAAUGGCUGUGGUGUUGGGCCUUUCAGUAAAGUGAGUGAAUUCAAGACAUGCAUUCCAGGUUUUCCUGGAGCUCCUUCAACAGUCAAAAUCACUAAGAGUGUAGACUGUAUUCAUCUUUCUUGGGAGCCUCCUGCUUCACCUUCUGGCAAUAUUUUAGAAUAUUCAGCCUACUUAGCAAUACGUUCCACACAGUUGCAGGAAAACCCAAAUCAGCUUGUAUUUAUGAGAAUAUAUUGUGGUCUCAAGACAUCUUGUGUAGUGACUGCUGCCCAGCUUUCAAACGCUCACGUCGAUUACACUUCCCGACCUGCUAUAGUGUUCAGGAUUUCUGCAAAGAAUGAGAGAGGCUAUGGACCGGCCACACAAGUUCGAUGGCUUCAAGGUAAUGUCAGUGUCAGGUGCAGUGGGUGAAUGGGUUGUAGCUGUGGCAGAGCUGGUUAUGGCUCUAAAACCACCCCUUUGCUCAGCACUGUGCUUUGCACAGCACUGAAAUAUCAUUUUGUUCUUAAGUUUUUAAUAAGUUCUUAAGUUUUAAGAAAAUGUGGCUGUUCAAUGUAGCAUUGCAUUAAACGCAAUGAUAUUCAUCCACAAGCAGAGACCCGCAAGUGGUGGAUGUUGGUUAUGGAAGCUUACCUCGUCCCUCAAAUAAUAAAAUCCUAGUAAGCUUCCUGAUUUCCCUGAGCUUCACUUCAGCUUAUCAAGAUUUCAUUGUAGUAAGAAUCCAGUUCCGUGCAUGGAUGUAUUCAAGCUUUUUUCCAAUCUUUUUCCCUUCCGUAUCAGAAUGGUUUUUCAUAAAGUGACGUAAGGUACAUUUUUGUGAUUGAUACACUUUUUGAAGUCCAUAUUACAGUUAUUUAGAAUAGACUUUAUCAUCUCAUUUCUGCACUUGAAUUUGUACAAGUUUAUGAUUAGUUGGGGAUGGGAACGGACCGACUGGAAACCAAGCUUCAUUUUCAGCCUGUUCAGUUCCCUCAUGUCCAUCCGUGCAGCUGCAUAAAUGCUAGCGCCAGCACAAAGGCACAAGUGACUGCUGAGAGAGGGACUGUGGCUCCUAAUGGCAGCAUAUCAUGUAGAAGCACGGGCUGGGUUUGAGUGAUUCUUCAGUCCCAGUUUCCAUUUUGUCAUCUAGGCAGUUCCUGGUGCCGUCAGUCGAUUGUGUUUUCUUAGUUCUGCAGAAUAACUUUUUGUUUUCUGCCUUAGCUUUCUGCUAGCUGCGAGCUGAGUUGGCUCAGCAGGAGGUGCUGUGAGCAUAGAUGGAGGUUAGGAAGGGCAGAGCCAGAGGGAGCUCUGGUUUGCACCCACCUGGUUUGCACUGAGCUAUUGCUUGGGGUUUAGCUGUCCUGUUAGUGCAGGUGCUGCGAUGCGCAGGGUGUAGCUGACAGUGUGCUGUUGGGUACCUCACUGUUUGUUUGGAAUGGUAAUUUCUGAGAUGGAGAGCAACGGUAGAAUGAUAGCAUCAUAGAACAGCCUGGGUUGAAAAAGACCAUAAUGAUCAUCUAGUUUCAACCCUCUACUAUGUGCAGGGUUGCCAGCCACUACACCAGGCUGCCCAGAGGCGCAUCCAGCCUGGCCUUGAAGAGUUGUCUUGAGUUUAAUGUUCCAGGGCUAUGUUAACCUUUUAUGUGGCAAGGGUUUGGGCCACGAUCUGCGUCCCAGAACUGAGCAGCAGUUGUUUUGAUGGUGUUAGACCUCACACGCUACGUGAAAUUAUGACGUGUUUAACAGUGUCUCCUUCUUUUUGCAGAUAUGAAAACAUCAAGCUCAAAGUAGAGACUGCGUAACGCAUUUCAAGUUUCGAAUGUAGUGUUUAAUGUAACUCUUGUACUAUUUGUAAAUGCUACAAAUAUUUUAUUUUUGCAUUGUUUUUAUCUUAAAAGUAUAUAACCUUUUUUUACGUUUGAAACAUCGGCGUUAUAUAGCCUUGCUCAGGUCUGCGUACCAGAUAGGAACGAUACUGAAGCUGCUGGGGUGGAGGACCAUACUCUAUCCGGCAGCUCUUUUUCAUAGUGAUAGUUAAACUGUCAUUGAGUAUUCCAGUUUUCAAAUUAAAAGAAAUAAAUUGGCGGUAGUAUUUGAGGUAGAGCCCCCCGUGAUUGCCACAGAGCUUGCAUAGAUAAUUCACGACGAUUUGGUAUGUGAGAGAAUUCUGUUUGGUUUCAGUGUCUUACACCAAAUUCUUCGUUGUGGUGUCUGAGUACAAGGCAAAAUUUUCCAGUUAUUAUAUAGUAACUUAAAACAUAUAAAUAUUUUAAUAUAUACUUUGUUUUGUAAAAAAAAAAAAAAAAAAAAAAAGGAAAAAAGAAAAAGAGGACAAAAAAAAUGAUUUUUUUACUCUUUGUAACAAAUAUAAUUCAGAAAGGUAUCCCCUGAAAAUCUAAAAGGAAAACGAUAAACUCCAUCAUUUCUCUCCUUACAGAAAAAAGAAGUGUAAAUUCAUUGUAAAUGCACUACUAAUAUUUAGAAUGGUCCUUUUGUAGUUGUACAAAUCUUCAGCUUGUAAAUACCAAUGUUUACAAGAGACCUUUCUGGUCUUAUAUUAAAACUUCCACGAGAUUCAUUCUCUUUUUUUUAUUAUUAUUUUUAAACCCAUAUGCUUUGCUUUUAGCAUAUGCUUGCUUUUUGCACUAAUAAUAACUUACCUCAUUCCUGUGUUUGUAAUCACUUGUGUUGCUUCCAUCAUGUUUCUGUACAACUUCAAUCUGAAAAUUUUAACCAAAGUUUAGAAUACAUGGUAAGCAAUUUUGCACAUACAGUAUGGCAACUAUCGACAUAUUUAUUCCAGUUAAUCUUCUUAAGUGCUUGUUUGCUUUACCAGUAUAUUCUACCAAUCAAGUUCCGUAUCUCCUUUUACUAUGCAUCAUUUUACAUUAACUAGCUAGCUGAUAAGUUCAACAAGCAUUACUUCUAGGAAUAGGUUGAUCCAUUCCUAUGCUAAAUGGGAAGAAAAAUGCGUUCACAGUAGUGAAAUAAAGGUAAACAUUUUAAAUGCUAUUUAUGUAUCUAUAUAUAAACCUAUGUUUACCAAAGUGUAGAGGAAAAUGGCUGAGUCGGACAAGGUCAUUAGGUGAGUAGAUGGAGGCACCUAAAUGAGAUUUAUUUUAAAAUAAAAUCUAAAUUACUUUCCUGUGCAAUGAAGUUUAUACUUUGCACUUUAAUUUUGCCCUGAAUGCCAAAAUACUACACAUCAAGGUAGGAUUGCUUGCCUCUGCCAGUUAAAUUUGUCUUAAGAGCAUUUGUAAAUAACUCAACUAAAAAAAAAAAACAAAUGAUGUGCCUGGUUUGGUGGGAGAAGUAUUGCUGAGAUGUGAGAGGUGUGACAGCUCACAUACAGAGCAGAUUUUAUAGCCAAGUUUGAGCUACCCUGCAAGUCAGGGUUGUAACAGAAGUGCUGAUACAGCCUUAAUUAUCGCAACACAUCACAAGCUAUAAUAGCAUAUAAAAAGUGCUGGGGACCACUGAUUGCUAUGUUAGUGUUAAUUGUGGCACAGGAGUAACGCGUGGUCUUACUCCAGAGAAAAAUCUUGUGUUUAUGACAAUGACAGAUAUCCCAGACUCACUUUAAACAGUGUUUAUAGUAUGAAUGUAUAGGAUUUUUCCGGACGUUAACUGGCUUUAAAAUACUUGUGUUUUAAUGAUCCAUUUCACCAGGUAUGAUCUCACCACCAAUACUGUCUGAUCAUUGAAAUUUUACUGUACAUGAGCUGUUAACUAGAAAAAAUAUAACUUGGUUUUCCUUAUUAGUACUGUGAAAGAAGCCUUUAGAGAAAACACUUGUGGUUUUGGUUUUGUUGGUUGGUAGCUGUGAUCGUAGAGUUGUUAUUUAAGAAUAAAAUCUGUUGGGUUAUGUCUGGGUGGAGUUUUUUUGCACUUGGUUUCACAUGCUUUGCACAAUUUGUUUUUCAGUGGGUGUGUCACAACUACCAAAGGGUACAACUGUGGCGUUUUCAAUGAAAGUAUGAUUUCCUUGUAAGUGUGCUUUCUCCAGCUGACUUGACAUGAUGUCACUUUCUCUUCUUUGUCCGAAUUGGGUGAUGUUGAAUAGUGAUCAUAUGCAAAUCCAAUUCCUUAUGGUUUUACUUUCAAAUGCAAUUGUGGUACACGCUGUAAGAUACACUUUGUGGUCUGUUUUUAGGAUUGUGUUUCUAACAUGUCUGAAUCCUACCUGUUUGCCUGUCAGCUAGGUACCAGGCAAUUACUGAUUGUUCAAUUUGAAAUUAAUCUAAAGAAGACUCUUGACGUUGACUCCUUGGGGAUCUGUGUUUUUUUGUCCAUUUAUUUCAUGAUUCACUAAGCAAGGUGUAAGAAGCUGAAAUGUGUCGGGUGGCAGCGCCCGUGUUGUAGGGAUGUCUUAGGUUUACUUAACUCACGAGGGAUGUUGUGCCAGGUAUGGCAGACGCCGCUACAACUUCACCGUCGGAAUGUUCUUGUGAAAGUGGGGAGUAAAGUGAACGAGAACCUACACUUUGUGUUUUCAAAGUAAUUAUAGCAAUAUCUUUUGAAUGUAGUUUGGAGUAGAGCACACGAUCAUGCCAUAAACUCUGAAUAUAAAAUAAGUAUUACUGUUGUUAUCUGAUAUUUCAGGAUAGCGAAUUUGACGUGAACUUAGUCUUACAGCCUGUUACUUAAUGACCUCUACAAGGAAACUGACAUUUUGUACAAUUAAAGUUGAUUGGUCUUAUUUCGAAGCGUUGUUUGUUCUUUGUAAUAAAGUGGUUGUCCUAUCAAACGCAUUGUAAA